AUGGACACAGCUAGCUUCCUCUGUAUUGAUGCCAACAUCACAGACUGCCAGGGAAGAACAGCUCUGGAGAUCCUCAGAGAACACCCCGCACAGAAGUCCCAGCAAAUCACUGCACUCAUGCAAGAAUAUAUGAUGGAGGAGAUGAUGGACAAUAAGUGUGUGUUGAUGGAGGAACCUAUUCGCCAGUGUCCUGUCCCCACACCUCGCACUUCUAUCCCCUCUCUCUCCGCCUCCCCCUCCCUCAGACACAAAAAUGAUGCUGUGACAGGGGAGCUCUCCAAGCUGCUGAAUGAGAUGAAGAUGUGUCGGGACAGAGACUACUCCUUUGAGGAGCUCUGCCAGACCAUCUCAUCCCACUCUCAUUCCAUGGAGAGCUUUGGCAGCGGUCACCUAUCAGACGAGGAGCGACGCAGUAACGGCACCCUGAGCAGAGUCAGAAAGCGGCCCACUCCCCCACUUCCCCCGGCCCAGGAGGAAGAGGAGGGGGAGAAGAGCUGUGGCCCCGCUGGGUUCUGGGAGGCCCUCACACCUUGCAACGGUUGUCACAACCUGGGCUUCUCCAGCCUGUCACAGGACUCGAAGCGUUCGGCGGAGAUCGUACCAUCGCCCUCCCUUGACGUGUUCUUACCGGAGGAUGAGGACAAUCCAUAUGAGUCCGUCACCACCGCCGUGACCCGCAAGCCCUGCUCGCUGGACAUCGGCCUCUUCAACACCUGCCCCCUCAACGGCCACUCUCCCCAGGUGACGGUGACUGAGCCGGAGCUGUGUAACCAUAGGAACAGCUCCUCACCGACAGGGCCUACUCCAGACUGCUCUCCCCCUUCCCCAGACACUGCCCUGAAGAGCAUUGACAGAGUCAUCCGCCCACAGCCCAAACAGCGGACCUCCCUCUCCUCCUCCCUGGAUGUCCAGAACCAGAGGCCAGUCAACCACAGCUGUGAUCCCUCCGAGGUGAGCUCGUCCCUGGGCUACGCCAGCAUCAGCACCAGCCCCCCUGCCAGCCCGCCAGUCAGCCCCAACCAGGACUCGCCCGGCUCCAACGACGACUGCCCCCUCACAGACGACGGGCCGUACCAGCAAAACCCUCCCCCCGCCUCUUCCAAUACACUCCCACUACCAGAUGACCGACGACAGAGCCUCGUCCCCGUAGAGUUCGCCGGCCUCCUCCACGGCUCCUCGCCGGCCUGCGAGACGCCCGACACACCCUACCACCUCUACACCUCCAACACCAACCCCAAAGCCCGAAAACACACCCCCUCGGACCCCCACACCAGCCCGGUAACCACGCUCGGUAACCACGGCAAUCUCGCUUCGGUAACCCAGCCCUUUGAAUUAGGAAUUGGACUGCCACCGCCCCUCAUUAUCCCUCACACAGGAAACGAGGCGUUGGCUCUGAAGUCCCCCAAAGACCCCCUCAAAGACGACAGACCCCCCAAACCUCAGGUAGUCUAUCGCACCAUUUUCCACACCCGGGUAAACCAGAACCCCCAGAGCGCCUCGCCCUCCUCCUCCUCCUCGCCAUAUGGUUGGAACGGGGAGGCGGUGGUGGUGAGGGGGGGUGUGUCGGGAGCUGGCGGACCCAGGGAGGGGACACCGGCUACUGGAUACGAGGACAGGGCCUUUACCCUGGGCAGGAUGAGAUCCAUACCUCGCAGUGUGCUGGACCUAAAGCUCUCCAAGUCACUGUCCAAGUCUGACUCCAACCUGGUGGCUGUGUCGCCCAUACAGGUGUAA